GUCACGCCCCCUCCCGCGCGGCGCGCCGAACGCCGGGACCCGAGCUCCCCGGCGCGGCUGGAGCCCGGGAGGUGGAGGCGGGCGGACGGAGGUGGCGGCGCGCGGAGACGCAGCAGCGGCAGCGGCAGCAUGUCGGUCGGCGGAGCGCCUGUCGUGCCGCCCCCGAACCCCGCCGUGUCCUUCCCGGCGCCUCGGGUCACCCUGCCAGCCGGUCCCGACAUCCUGCGGACCUAUUCGGGCGCCUUCGUCUGCCUGGAGAUUCUGUUCGGGGGACUCGUCUGGAUUUUGGUUGCCUCCUCCAACGUUCCUCUACCUCUGCUCCAAGGAUGGGUCAUGUUCGUGUCUGUGACAGCUUUUACCCUUUCCCUCCUCUUCCUGGGGGUGUUCCUCUCUGGCAUGGUGACUCAGAUCGAUGCCAACUGGAACUUCUUGGAUUUUGCGUACCAUUUCACAGUGUUCGUAUUCUACUUCGGAGCCUUUCUGCUGGAAGCAGCAGCCACAUCCCUGCAUGAUCUGCACUGCAACACAACCCUGGCGGUGCAGCCGCUCUUGAGCGACAACCAGUACAACAUAAAUGUUGCUGCUACGAUUUUUGCCUUUGUGACGACAGCUUGUUAUGGGUGCAGUUUGGGUCUGGCUUUACGAAGAUGGCGACCGUAACACUCCUUAAACACUAACUGUCCAUGGCCUUCCUCCAGUGGGUUCAGAGAACUCUCCCUUCGGCAAGGUCGUGAGAAAUCCAUUUCUGCAGAAGCUUCAACAUCCAUGAAGGGCUCUUCUCUGCAGCAUAGGAAUGUGGGAGCUGCUACCAUCAAACUGCUCCUUGAUUUCAAUCAAUUCUAUCUUUGUUGAUAUGAUUGUAAUUCAUUUUUAUUGUACUUUCUGCAAUUUGAAUCAAUUUGAGAUUGAAAAUUUUUUUAAGAGGGCCUUCCUUCUCAGAUGGUUUGAGAAGCAACUAUUGUAAAUACCUGUACAGUGAUCCUUCCAGGGUACCUCCAUGAUACUAAGCAUGCAAAAUAACAAUUAUCUAACAUGUAAUGGACUUGGUGGACUUGUCUU